AUGGGUGGUGCUCGUGAAAAGAAGGUUCAAUACUUCAGCAAAUUAAGAGAAUUAUUAGAAGAAUACAAGUCUAUCUUCAUCGUUGGUGUCGAUAAUGUUUCGUCCCAACAAAUGCACGAAAUCAGAAAAGCUUUACGUGGUGAUGCUACUGUUUUGAUGGGUAAGAACACCAUGGUUAGAAGAGCCUUGAGAGGAUUCUUAGCUGACUUACCAGAAUACGAAAAGUUGAUGCCUUUCGUUAGAGGUAAUGUUGGUUUCAUUUUCACUAACAGUGACUUGAAGACCAUCAGAGACACCAUUGUUUCCAAUGUUGUUGCUGCUCCAGCUAAGGCCGGUGCUGUUGCUCCAAAGGAUGUCUGGAUUCCAGCUGGUAACACUGGUAUGGAACCAGGUAAGACCUCUUUCUUCCAAGCUUUAGGUGUUCCAACCAAGAUUGCCAGAGGUACCAUUGAAAUUGUUUCCGAUGUUAGAGUUGUUGAAACCAACAGCAAGGUUGGUCCUUCCGAAGCUACCUUGUUGAACAUGUUGGACAUUUCUCCAUUCACCUACGGUAUGUCUGUUGUCCAAGUUUACGACAACGGUCAAAUUUUCCCAUCUUCUAUCUUAGAUAUUACUGAUGAUGAAUUAGUUGGUCACUUCGUUUCCGCUAUCAACACCAUUGCUUCUAUCUCCUUAGCUGUUGGUUACCCAACCUUACCAUCUGUUGGUCACUCUGUUGUUAACCACUACAAGAAUGUCUUAGCUUUAUCUAUUGCUACUGACUACACCUUCGAAGGUUCUGAAGCCAUCAAGGACAGAUUAGCUAACCCAGAUGCUUACGCUGCUGCUGCUCCAGCUGCUGCUGCUUCAUCCUCCGCUGCUGCUGAAGAAGCUCCAGCUGAAGAAGAAGAAGAAGAAUCUGAUGGUGACAUGGGUAUGGGUUUAUUCGAUUAA